AUGAUGGAGCUUGCUAUUCAGGAUCCAGAAUUUGGAACUGCUAUAUGCUCUUGGUUUAAAUUAGACUUGCUGCAGCUAGCAUUUCUGAUGUCUGAAUACAAAAAGCAUAAAAAAUAUGAGCAUCCAAUAAAUUUGCGGCACAAUAUGCAAGCAAAUCAUGAAAACAGUGAUCACAAAGAAAAGCAAGAAGAUUCUCAAAACUUAAUAUCAUUUAGUGAACGCUUAAAUAAUGUCAAUCAAGAAAUAGAGAAAUUAUCUAUUGUUAGACAGAUAUCAGAAAAAAAGAAUAUCAUUAUUUAUAAAAUAUAA